AUGUACACAAUGAAGCUCGCUUACCUUGCAGUUAUUGCAUCUUCCCUGGCUGCUACUACUCUUGCAGCCGGUUUUGGCGGCUGCAAUGAUCCCAGAAUCGAUGGAAUCGGCGAGUUCAAUGUUGCCGAUGGCCAGAAUCUGCAGCAAAAUCUUGCACAGAAUACUAUUUCCAACUCCCCUGGUACCGAGUUCGAACUUAAAGCGCAGCAACAGCAAAACUUUUUCGACGGAAGUGCGAAGCUCUGUGUCGUCAACUCCUUCCUAUUCGAGAAUACACAUGUUGCUUUGGGCGAUGUUGCAUUUGCUGUUAACUUCCUCUUAGGAUCUUGUGGCUCAGCAGGUGGUAAAUUUACUAUUCAGGGAGACUCUGGUCUUAAUAUCGAUGCCUACUGGAAUGAACCUAAUUUCCAGAAAGCUUUCUGGGGUUUCAAUUUUGAGGGAUUGCGCAAGAUCAAAAAGACUAUUGAUCCUGAUGAUGUAUUUUGGGGCUAUGUCUAA